CCACGCUUGUCAAAGAUUCCAGCGGAGCCGCAGCAUCACCUGCUCCUCUACCGUCCUCUACCGUCCUCUACCGUCCUCUACCGUCCUCUCCUCUGCGGUGCUCCGUCCUCUACCCGUCCUCUGUCCGCCCUCCACGGUCCAUCCCCGGCUCCUCCACGGUCCAUCCCCGGCUCCUCCACGGCUCUUCCCCGGCUCCUCCACGGCUCUUCCCCGGCUCCUCCACUGUCCAUCCCCGGCUCUUCCCCGGUCCAUCCCCGGCUCAUCCCCGGCUCCAGGUCCAGGAUGUCCAGCAGCUUCUCCAGACUGCUCUCCUCCCGGGGCGGCCGGGCGGGGGUCCUGUCGCUGCUGGGGGGGUCCGUGACGGCCGCGCUGCUGCUGCAGCACCGCGGGGCCGGCGCCAGCGCCGCCGGGCCGGUCCGCAGGCUCUACCCGGCCAGCGCCGAGUACCCGGACCUGCGGCUCCACAACAACUGCAUGGCCAGCCACCUGACGCCCGCCAUCUACUCCCAGCUGUGUGACGCGGCCACGCCCAACGGCUUCACCCUGGACCAGGCCAUCCAGACGGGCGUGGACAACCCGGGCCACCCCUUCAUCAAGACGGUGGGGGUGGUGGCGGGGGACGAGGAGACCUAUCAGGUCUUCGCGGCUCUUCUGGACCCGGUGAUCAAAGAGAGACACAACGGUUACGACCCGAACACCAUGAAGCACCCGACCGACCUGGACUCCAGCAAGCUCGUGGGCGGCCGCUUGGACGAGCGCUACGUGCUGUCCUCCAGGGUCCGGACGGGCCGCAGCAUCCGGGGGCUCAGCCUGCCCCCCGCCUGCACCCGGGCGGAGAGGAGGGAGGUGGAGCGGGUGGUGGUGGCGGCGCUGGACGGCCUGCAGGGGGAGCUGGCGGGCCGGUACUUCAGCCUGACCCAGAUGACGGACCGGGAGCAGCAGCAGCUCAUCGACGACCACUUCCUGUUCGACAAGCCCGUCUCCCCCCUCCUCACCUGUGCAGGGAUGGCCCGUGAUUGGCCCGACGCCCGCGGGAUCUGGCACAACAACGAGAAGACGUUCCUGAUCUGGGUGAACGAGGAGGAUCACACCCGGGUCAUCUCCAUGGAGAAGGGAGGGAACAUGCAGCGGGUGUUUGAGCGCUUCUGCACCGGCCUGAAGGAGGUGGAGCGGCUGAUCCAGGAGCGCGGCUGGGAGUUCAUGUGGAACGAGCGGCUAGGCUACAUCCUCACCUGCCCCUCCAACCUGGGCACGGGGCUGCGGGCCGGCGUGCACGUCAAGCUGCCGCGGCUCAGCAAGGACCAGCGCUUCAGCCGCAUCCUGGAGAACCUGCGGCUGCAGAAGCGCGGCACCGGCGGCGUGGACACGGCGGCCGUGGGCGGCGUGUUCGACAUCUCCAACCUGGACCGCCUGGGGCAUUCCGAGGUCCAGCUGGUGCAGACGGUGGUCGACGGCGUCAACUACCUGGUUGAAUGUGAGAAGAGGCUGGAGAAAGGCCAGGACAUCAAGGUGCCCCCUCCCCCCAAGCAGUUCAAGUAGACCCCCCCACUGUCCCACGAUGACCCCACGAUGACCCCCACUGUCCCCCGAUGACCCCACGAUGACCCCACGAUGACCCCCCCACGAUGACCCCCCGAUGACCCCACUGACCCACGAUGACCCACGAUGACCCCACGAUGACCCCCCUGACCCCACUGACCCCUCACUGCCCCCCCCACCUACACAGAUAGAUAGUUCCAAUAUCUGUGUCGUUUCUCCCUCUACUGCCCCCCCCCCCAAUAUAAUAGGUUAUUAAUCUGAUGUUUAUAAUCUCUAACUGUAAUUUAACUGAGCCAGUCCUGCAUGCCCCCCCCCACCACUAACCCCCCCACGGCCGGUUCCGGCUCGUUCCAGCUCGUUCAGCAAUAACAA